CGGCUCCCGGCCCUGCCGGCCUCCUCGCUCGGCGCCGCGGCCAUGGCGGCCAGCGCGAAGCGGAAGCAGGAGGAGAAGCACCUGAAGAUGCUGCGGGACAUGACCGGCCUCCCGCACAACCGAAAGUGCUUCGACUGCGACCAGCGCGGCCCCACCUACGUGAACAUGACGGUCGGCUCCUUCGUCUGUACCUCCUGCUCCGGCAGCCUGCGAGGGUUAAAUCCACCACACAGGGUGAAAUCCAUCUCCAUGACAACAUUCACACAACAGGAAAUCGAAUUCCUUCAAAAACAUGGAAAUGAAGUCUGUAAACAGAUUUGGCUAGGAUUAUUUGAUGAUAGAUCUUCAGCAAUUCCAGACUUCAGGGAUCCACAAAAAGUGAAAGAGUUCCUACAAGAAAAAUAUGAAAAGAAAAGAUGGUAUGUCCCACCAGAACAAGCCAAAGUGGUGGCGUCAGUCCAUGCAUCUAUUUCAGGGUCCUCUGCCAGUAGUACGAGCAGCACGCCUGAGGUCAAACCACUGAAAUCUCUUUUAGGAGAUUCAGCACCAGCACUGCACUUAAAUAAGGGCACACCUAGUCAGUCCCCUGUUGUAGGUCGCUCCCAAGGGCAGCAGCAGGAAAAGAAGCAGUUUGACCUUUUAAGUGAUCUUGGCUCAGACAUCUUUGCUGCUCCAGCACCUCAGUCAACAGCUACAGCCAAUUUUGCUAACUUUGCACAUUUCAACAGUCACGCAGCUCAGAAUUCUGCAAAUGCAGAUUUUGCAAACUUUGAUGCAUUUGGACAGUCUAGUGGUUCCAGUAAUUUUGGAGGUUUCCCCACAGCAAGUCACUCUUCUUUUCAGCCCCAAACUACAGGUGGAAGUGCUGGAUCAGUAAAUGCUAAUUUUGCUCAUUUUGAUAACUUCCCCAAAUCCUCCAGUGCUGAUUUUGGAACCUUCAGUACUUCCCAGAGUCAUCAAACAGCUUCAGCUGUUAGUAAAGUUUCAGCGAACAAAGCUGGUCUACAGACUACAGACAAAUAUGCGGCACUUGCUAAUUUAGACAAUAUCUUCAGUGCUGGGCAAGGUGGUGAUCAGGGUAGUGGGUUUGGGACCACAGGUAAAGCUCCUGUUGGUUCUGUGGUUUCAGUUCCCAGUCAGUCAAGUGCGUCUUCAGACAAGUAUGCGGCCCUGGCAGAACUGGACAGUGUUUUCAGCUCUGCUGCCACCUCCAGUAACGCCUACACUUCCACAAGCAAUGCUAGCAGUAAUGUUUUUGGAACAGUGCCAGUGGGUGCUUCUGCACAGACACAGCCUGCAUCUUCAAGUGUGCCUGCUCCAUUUGGAGCUACACCUUCCACAAAUCCAUUUGUUGCUGCUGCUGGUCCUUCUGUGGCAUCUUCUACAAAUCCAUUUCAGACCAAUGCCAGAGGAGCGACAGCGGCAACCUUUGGCACCGCAUCCAUGAGCAUGCCUGCCGGCUUCGGGACUCCCGCUCCCUACAGUCUUCCCACCAGCUUUAGCGGCAGCUUUCAGCAGCCAGCCUUCCCAGCCCAAGCAGCUUUUCCUCAACAGACAGCUUUUUCUCAACAGCCCAAUGGUGCAGGUUUUGCAGCAUUUGGACAAACAAAGCCAGUGGUAACCCCUUUUGGUCAAGUUGCAGCUGCUGGAGUGUCUAGUAAUCCUUUUAUGACUGGUGCACCAACAGGACAAUUUCCAACAGGAAGCUCAUCAACCAAUCCUUUCUUAUAGCCUUAUAUAGACACUUUACUGGAACGAACUUUUACAUGGUCACAUUACAUCUCUCCGCCUCUUGCACUGUUGUCUUGUUUCACUGAUCUUAGCUUUAAACACAAGAGAAGUCUUUAAAAAGCCUGCAUUGUGUAUUAAACACCAGGUAAUAUGUGCAAAACAGAGGGCUCCAGUAACAACUUUUAACCUGUGAAUUGGCAAAAAAAAAAAAAAGUAGCGGUAUCAUGUAUAUUAAAAAUUGGCUAAUAUUAAGUUAUUGCAGAUACCACAUUCAUUAUGCUGCAGUACUGUACAUAUUUUUCUUAGAAAUUAGCUAUUUGUGCAUAUCAGUAUUUGUAACUUUAACACAUUGUUAUGUGAGAAAUGUUACUGGGGAAAUAGAUCAGCCACUUUUAAGGUGCUGUCUUAUAUCUGGGAAUGAAUGACCUAAAAUCACUUUAACCAUUGCUACUGGAAAGUUACAAAGUCAAAAUUGGAAGGUUUUAGUCAUUCUUGAAUUUUUGCUUUCUGAAGAGCUCUUCUGUUUAUACAUGCCUAAAUUCUUUAAAAAAUGUAGAGGGAUACCUGUCUGCAUAAUAAAGCUGAUCAUGUUUUGCAACAGUUUGCAGGUGAAAAAAAAUAAAUACUAGAAAAUA